AUGUUUGUUCCUUCAAGGAAUUCCGAUCGGAUUCCUGGGCUUCCUGAGCUUCCUGGGCUCAAGGUGCUCGGAAUGGCAAGCACUGAUGAGGAGACUGGCUUAAAGAGUGGCGAGAAGAGUGAAGACCAGGACUUGGACCCUGACAGGGAUCCUGAGCUGAAGAAGAAUGGUGGCAGGUUCGACAGCAAGAAGGCCAUUUUGCAGGUCACCUGGAGGUUCGGCUGGAACGAGAAAUCGGAAGGGCUGGAACCAUAG